GCUGUUUUGCCGGCGCGAAAUCAGAAAUUAGAAAUCGCAUGUUUUUUUUUCCCUCAAGGAGGUACAGUAUGAGUGUCAAAGGUAGUUGUUACAUUGCAUUGUAUUGAAUUUGAUAGUUCAUACAGUCCAAGACAACUCCAGUUGAAGAAAUAACACUCGAAAGAUGGAACGAUACCAAAAAAUUGCAAAAAUAGGAGAGGGGACGUAUGGAAUUGUGUACAAAGCAAAAGAUCGAGUCACGGGUGAAAUAAUUGCUCUGAAAAAAAUUCGACUUGAGGCCGAAGAUGAGGGAAUACCAUCUACAGCUAUCCGAGAAAUAUCAUUACUCAAAGAGCUGCAGCAUCCAAAUAUCGUGAGACUUUAUGACGUUGUGCACACGGAACGGAAACUCACAUUAGUAUUCGAGUUCCUUGAUCAAGAUUUGAAAAAGGUAAGCCCCGAAAAAGUACAAAUGUGAGACAAUUACGAAACCUGCCUUUUUGCAAAACGCCAACUGAUACUUUUUGCACAUCAUCUCUUUCGUUCGACCAAAUAACAUCCUAAUCUGCGUCUGUAACCUGAAAUCCCAUUUGAUUCAAAAAUUUUGAAUACUUCACAACAACAACACAAAAACUGCAGUAUUUGGACGUCUGCGAUUCGGGGUUGGGACUACCAAUUCUGAAGAGCUUUUUGUAUCAACUAUUAACAGGUGUUGCCUAUUGUCACCACCACCGUGUACUGCACAGAGAUUUGAAGCCCCCUAAUCUAUUGAUCAAUCGGGAGGGACAAUUGAAAUUGGCCGACUUUGGUUUKGCACGAGCCUUUGGAAUUCCCGUGAGAUCUUACACCCACGAGGUUGUUACUCUUUGGUAUCGGGCACCAGAUGUGUUGCUUGGAUCUCGAAAGUAUUCGACACCCGUUGAUAUAUGGAGCGUUGGUUGCAUCUUCGCGGAAAUGGCCAACGGCCGGCCCCUUGUCGCAGGGACGUCCGAGGAAGAUCAACUCGAUCGUAUUUUUCGACUGCUGGGAACUCCCAAACCGCAACGUGAUUUCCCAGGCAUCGUUGAGUUGCCGGAAUACAGCCCGGAGAGCUUUCCGCCUUAUCCACCUCCCAGGGGCGGAUUGGCAAGCCUUGUUCCGACACUGGACGCCUCGGGCGUAGAUUUGUUGAAUUGCAUGCUGCAAUAUGAUCCCGCAAGACGGAUUACGGCUCAGGCGGCAUUGCAGCAUCCGUUCUUUGCGGACAUGAAACCAGAUGGUGGCAGCAAAAGUGCUAGGGCUGUGGGGGGAAUGUAGAAUUAACAACGGGUUAACAACGCAUUAAACAGAUAAUUUUACU